AGGUCUAUGCAGCGGCAAGCUAGUUCAGUCUCUUGCCUUAAAUGGCCGCCUGCGGCAGACAAAAGCGCAUGAAAAAUUCAUAAGAAUUUGUCGGUCCGUAAGAAGGUAUUCUCGCCCAACGUUCGUCAACGUCAGGCAGGCAACAACGACAGCAAUAACAACAUCAUAUAGCAUAUAGGCUAGCCUUAAACGUCUAUCGUUAGGUGUAACGAGCCAACAUGCAAAUUGCCUGCGCUGGACCCAUGCCCGGACCCCAGGAUCAGAAUCCGUAUCCGUACCAGAACCAGAAACACGAGUACGAGUACCAGGACGAGUCCCAGCACCAGUACCAGUACGAACAUCGUCAUCAUCAUCGGAUGUAGAAGAACCAAAAGGGGCACAAUAAAAAUUGCCUAUAAAUGGACGGAAGAGCCGAAGGCGGGGUACAGUCGGUGAUGGUGGAGGAUAUACGCACAAGGACAACAACGGUGGCAGGCAAACAGCACAACAAAGCCAAACUUCCGCAUAGGAUGCGCCAGAACGGAAGUUAUUUUGGCCGCCUGAACGUGAGCGCGCUGCUCAUCUACUUGUGCUGCUAUCUGCUCCUGAUAAUGGCAGCAUCUGGCGGCAGCAACAAUGUGGUAAAUGGCCUCAAAUGCUACUGCAAUCCGAAGGAGUGCGACGUAAUACAUUCUCCGGACUGCCCCGGCAAAGGACUUAUGCUCUGGGAUCCCUGCAAAUGUUGCCGCAUAUGCGCCAAAACUCUGGGCGAGUCCUGCGGCGGUCCGGGCGGAUUUUCCGGUCAAUGUGAGCCGCCCCUGCAGUGUGUGACCAAACUGCCCAUUAGCAGCGGACUGGGCGUAUGUAUGGAUUUGCAGCAUUUGACCGCCCUGACCUACAGCCAGCGCGAUAAUUGCACUGACAGCGAAUCGAUUGUCCUGCAGCAAGGAUGUGAGAUCACCAACAAACGCUGCCAGUGCUGGCCCACCAUGCGCACCUGUCGCAGCGAUUUCACCCGCGACGGAGGCUCCCCCAGCGAUUCCCGUUGGCAUUUCAAAAACCUAGAGGAGUGCCAGUUGAAUUUGCAAAACCUAAUUAAGCUCGAACUGGAAUUCGAUGAAGACUACAAAAUCUCACCGAGCAAACUUUCAUACAAAAAGUUGCGCAGAAAGCGAAAAAGUUUAAGAAAACGCAUAAUCAUCUAGGACGAUUGAGUCAUCGACCUGCCAUUGAAGUCGCAGCCCCCUUCUCAUCUCUUAACUUAACAAAAACAAAAAAGAAAAAUUAAUUAAAAGAUAUGAAAGAUCUUGUACAGAUAGUAUGCUUACUUCUAAAUAAUAAUAUGGCUAAUAUAAAAUAUGAUAAAUACACAUAUACAAGAGGAAAAGAACAUAUGAUAAUUAAAAUUAAUAUUGUAUGUAUCCUAAGACAUUUGUUACUUUAUUGUUUUUAGAGUGCGCAUACGUAUGUAUAAAUUUGCAAUUUCUAUUCCUAACGCCAAAAAAUAAGAGUCAAGCCCAAAUAUACAAACAAUAAAAUAAAAGCAUUUAAAAACUGUUGAUGCUUUGAAAACAAAAAUAUUUAAAAUGUGCAAAUGUUAAGCCAAGCCAUUCAAUAAACAAUAAACAAUAAUGCCCAAUGACAAAUUUUGCUGUAAUGAAAAGCAUCCGAAAUAUAUAAAUGGCCAGAAAUUUAAAUAUUUGUUUUUUUUAUAUUUUCGGGGGACUUAAAAGAAAACUAGAAAUAAAUAUUUUAAAUAUUUCACAUGUAACUGUUAGCUCAUACUGGCGUUAACAUUAUUUAUAUUAUUGCGCCUUACAGCACAAGCUACUGUUAAGCUAUAACAUUACAGAUUACUGUAGUAUACUUUCAGUAAUAAGAUUACAGAGUCCUUACAUUUAACAGACCCCAAAAUGUAUGCUACAUAAUUUAGCAUAUGCUAUGUCGAAAGGAUUUCUGUUAAACGCGUGUAGAAGUAGUGUCUAUUUUAUUCUAUUUUGUAAAAAAAAAUAUGAUUUUGUUUAAAGAUUAUUUAAUAUAAAAGAAAAGCAAAAAUUAUUAGAACAAUACAAGAAAAUGUAAUAUUUAAUUUGUCUCUAAAGAGUGUAUUUAAAACAGCUUGUUAUUAAGUUAGAACUUCUUUUCUUUACCUUCUACUAUUCCAUGAUUCCAUGAUUAUAUUUUUAUUAAUUGGCCAAUAUGAGUAUGAAAACUUUACCUAAAUCCAAUUUAUAACUUAAAGACAAAAAUGUAUGUCAAAAAAUUUCAGUCAUUUAAUUCCUUAUUAAAUCAAUGCCCACUUGACUGUCAGUUCAUGUCCUCAGAACUACUAUUCGAACUGACCGAGACGCCGUAACAAUAGUGAGGGUGCCACAAAAAAAAAUAAAUAAACCCUUUUGCCCCAAAAAUCGACCAUCAACGGCAGUCGAGUGGGGUCAGUUCUUCAAAAGAUCAAAGAUACACUUUGGCGCUUAAGUGUUUUCCCGCCGCUCUCCAGCAUCUUCGGCACCUAUCACUUCAAGGAGUUUCAGUUUUGAGCCCGAGUUCGAGUUGUGUUUCGCUUUUUCAAUUGAGUUGUUAUAUUUUAUUUUAUUUCUGUGGCUCGAUGUGCACCUUAGUGGAGCAAACAAAAGCAAUUAGACGGCGUCAUCUGACAGCCUCAAUGGAAUAGUUUUCGAGCCGAAUAUGCCUCUCCGUUGGAAUGCCUCUGAUGGGAUCUGAUCUGAUCCGAUGUCCAAAUGCCAAUGAGGGGGGUGGGUCAAGAGGGGGGGCCA